GGAGCAACUGCCGCCCUUAAUGGGAAGCUGGCUGGAGCGAGCGUUGGUGGGACUAACACAUGCUCACAGCCUGUCAUCUGCUCGGCUCCAUCUCUGGGGAAAGGGGCAAAUACUCCCAUAUGCUGCUCUGAUUUCUCAAAGAGUGACGAGGGGGCUGGAGCCAGACAGAUUUGCUUUUAUUCUCCCUCCUCCAGGCUCUUGCUCAGUUACAAACCGUGGCUGGAGGGAGGCAGCCUGGGCUGUGAGUCCCCAGCAAGACAAAGCCACAGGAGCGUGUGUCCCCCUCGUUCCUGUGGCAUGGAGGGCUCAGGGCAGCCCCUCCAUGUCCUGCUGCGGGUGGUGGCUGGGACAGGAGCUGCUCUGUGGCAGGAGCAGCCCUGGGAGCUGUAUCCCACCCCCGGCCGUGCCUCGGGCUGCCUGCAGGAGUGUGGCACCCCUGGGACACCGCAGGGUCAGCGAGGACACCGAGGACACCGCAGUGCGUGCCCGCAGAGCCCAGGGGGGCUGCAGAGGGCGAGGGGGCCGUGUGAGAUGCGAUGCUGAUGCUCCCCAAACUCCUGCGGUGGCCGUUCCCAGUGCGGAGGGCACCGAACCCCCCAGAGGGCUGUGCCCGGUGGGGCGCUCCCCAAGUCCCCGGGGUGGCUGCACCCCAGACCCCUGGCAGGGGCUGUCCCCGUGCGGUGCCCCCCGAGCCCCCGGGCUGCCGGCAGCGCUGCAUCCCCCCCGUGCGGGGGGCGGGGGCGGUGCCGUGCCGUUCCCCGUGGCGGGGCGGGCUCAGGCCGGUCCCACCGCCCCGUCCGGCCUCCGGGCGGAGCCGGGCACGGAGCGCGGAGCGCGGAGCCGAGCGGGCGCGGGGCGGCGGCGGCGGGGUCGGGAUGCCGGGCUACGACUACAAGCUGCUGGAGCGGCCGCGGCGCCGGGUGCUGUGCCCGCUCUGCGGGAAACCCAUGCGGGAGCCCGUCCGCGUCUCCACCUGCGGCCACCGCUUCUGCGACACCUGCCUGCAGGAGUUCCUCAGCGAAGGCGUCUUCAAGUGUCCGGAGGACCAGCUGCCCCUGGACUACGCCAAGAUCUACCCCGACCCCGAGCUGGAGGCGCAGGUGCUGAGCCUGGCCAUCCGCUGCAUCCACAGCGAGGAGGGCUGCCGCUGGAGCGGGCUCAUCAAGCACCUCCAGGCCCAUCUCGGCACCUGUGGCUUCAACGUGAUCCCCUGCCCCAACCGGUGCAGCGCCAAACUGAGCCGCCGUGACCUCCCCGAGCACGUCCAGCACGGCUGCCCCAAGCGCAGGGUCAAGUGCGAGUUCUGCGCCAGCGACUUCACCGAGGGCCACCAGGGCACGUGUCCCCAGGAGAGUGUGUACUGUGAGAACAAGUGUGGGGCCCGCAUGAUGCGGCGCCUGCUGUCCCAGCACGCCCUGGCCGAGUGCCCCAAGCGCACCCAGCCCUGCACCUACUGCUCCAAGGAGUUUGUCUUCGACACCAUCCAGAACCACCAGUACCAGUGUCCCCGGUACCCCGUGCCGUGCCCCAACCAGUGCGGGACGCCCAGCAUCGCCCGGGAGGAUGUGCCCACCCACCUCAAGGAGAGCUGCAGCACUGCCAUGCUGCUGUGCCCCUUCAAGGAAGCUGGCUGCAAGCACCGGUGCCCCAAGCUGGCCAUGGGCCGGCACCUGGAGGAGAGCACCAAGACCCACCUGGGCAUGGUGUGUGCCCUGGUGAGCCGGCAGCGCCAGGAGAUCCUGGAGCUGCGCCGGGACGUGGAGGAGCUGUCGGUGAGCAGCGACGGGAUCCUCAUCUGGAAAAUCGCCGACUACGCCCGCAAGCUGCAGGAGGCCAAAGCCCGCAGCAACUACGAGUUCUUCAGCCCCCCGUUCUACACCCACAAGUACGGCUACAAGCUCCAGGUGUCGGCUUUCCUCAACGGCAACGGCAGCGGCGAGAGCAGCCACCUCUCCGUCUACAUCCGCGUGCUGCCGGGCGAGUACGACAACCUGCUGGAGUGGCCCUUCUCCUACCGCGUCACCUUCUCCCUGCUGGACCAGAGCGACCCCUCGCUCUCCAAGCCCCAGCACAUCACCGAGACCUUCCACCCCGACCCCAACUGGAAGAACUUCCAGAAGCCGGGAGCCUCGCGCAGCUCCCUGGACGAGAGCACCCUGGGCUUCGGCUACCCCAAGUUCAUCUCCCACGAGGACAUCAGGAAACGGAACUACGUGCGGGACAACGCCAUCUUCAUCAAGGCCUCGGUGGAGAUCCCCCAGAAGAUCCUGGCCUGAGCCCCGGAGGGGGACGGGAUGUGCGCGGGGUGCCCGCCCAGGGGUGCCCCAGCUGGUGCUGAGCCCCUGCCCGCGGCCGCUGUCCCCGGCGUGGGGACGCCGCCGUGGCGCCGCGGUGGCUCUCAGGACAGGCAGGGUCGGGGCUGCUCCCAGGUCCCUCCUGGGGCUGGGACUGUCCAGCAGCCCCCUGGGGCAGCCCCUCCUCAGGUGCCCGGGGGGCUGGGCCCCCUGAGCCCCUCCCCGAGGUGCCAGCAGCCCCCGCCAGCCUCGCUGGGGACCCUGCAGGACCCCGCUGGCCAGAGCCAUAUUUUGUAAACCGGUGCUCCCCAGGUUGUUAUUUAUUACCCCGGGCUGGGGCU